AAGCAGAGAUGACACAGGGGGCAGACAUGGACCAGCAGCCCAGCAGACCCACAUGGAGCAGGCAAAUAGAGUUCACCCUGGCUGGCAUUGGCUGCGCUGUGGGUCUGGGCAACGUCUGGAGGUUCCCUUAUCUCUGCUACAGGAGUGGAGGAGGGGCCUUCCUGGUGCCAUACCUGCUCAUGCUGGUGGUGUUGGGGAUCCCAUUGCUCUACAUGGAGCUGACUGUGGGGCAGUACACCAGGAGGGGGCCUGUUCACGCUCUGGCUAUUGUUUGCCCACUGUUAAAAGGUGUGGGCAUGGCGUCAGUGGCCAUCUCCUUCAUCAUGUGCACCUACUACAACCUCGUCAUCACCUGGGCCCUCUACUACCUCUUCAACUCCUUCCAGGCCCCCCUUCCAUGGCAGAGCUGCAACAACACCUGGAACACACCGAACUGCACCGACCACGCCACCAACAACAGCUACUCAUCCACAGCCAGCCAGGAGUUCUUCAAAUAUAAGAUGCUUGACCAGACCAGUGGGGUAGAGGAAGCAGGAACGCUUCGAUGGGAGCUUUUCCUCAUCCUCAUCCUGGCUUGGAUACUCAUUUAUCUUUGCAUCUUUAAGGGGGUGAAAUCAACAGGCAAGGUGGUGUACUUUACUGCCCUGUUCCCAUAUGUCAUUCUAAUCGCCCUGCUCGUCAACAACGUGCAGCUUCCUGGUGCAUUAGAUGGGAUAUCCUUCUUCAUUGUGCCAGAAUGGAACAAGCUGCUCUCAGUAGAGGUGUGGGUGAAUGCUGCAGCUCAAAUCUUCAACUCCAUUGGGAUUGGUUUCGGCUCCCUCCUGGCCAUGUCCAGCUACAACUCCUUCAACAACAAUGUUCUGAAGGACACCCUGUUCAUAUCCAUUACCAACUCUCUGACCAGCAUCCUGGCAGGCUUUGUCAUUUUCUCUGCCUUCGGAUACAUGUCUUACCUUCAGGGCAUUCCUGUCAGCCAACUGGCAGUGGAUGGUCCAGGAUUGGUUUUUGUUGUUUACCCACAAGCCUUUGCCAGCAUGCCGGUGGCUCAGCUCUGGGCUGUCUUGUUUUUCUUCAUGCUGCUGUGCCUGGGACUGGACAGUGAGUUUGCGAUGGUUGAAGUGAUGGUUACCAGUCUACUGGAUGAGUUUUACCACCAUCUGAUUAAAUUUUUCAAGAGGAAGGAGGUCUUCGUUCUUGCAGUCUGUGGCGUGGCCCUCCUGUUAGGAAUCCCUUGUGUCAUGCAGGUGGGGAUCUACAUCUUCCAGCUGAUGGACCACUACACCGCCAUAGUGUCCAUCAUGUUUCUUGCCUUCUUUGAGAUUAUUGCCAUCUGUUGGAGUUACGGUGUGAAACGACUUUCAAACAACUUAGAAGAGAUGACUGGAAGAAAACCCAACAUCUUCUUCAGACUUUGCUGGCUGAUAGUAGAUCCUGUGCUGAUCACUGUCAUUUUGAUUUUCUCCAUCAUUCAGUUCAAACCCGCCCGCUACGAGAACUAUGUCUUCCCUCCCUGGGCUCAGGGUGUUGGCUGGAUCAUCGCACUGGCCUCCAUCAUCUGGAUUCCUCUGGCUGCCGUUCACACUUUGUGGGUCCUACCUGGUUCAUUCACACAGAAACUGAAGCUGUCCAUCACACCGUUCACCCUGGAUGACAAAUCACAGACUCUGUAUUAUGAGAGGAGAGGAACUGUGGGACAACCAGAUGAAGCUGCCAUUAGCCCCAGAAUGAGUCUACCUGAAAAACCUCUGGAGACAAACUUCUGAGUGUUUUGCACAAACGCCGUCACCUGUAAAUGACUCCAGUUAAUCACUAAUUCAAGGCUAGCUGUUAAUCAUACGCACACUUCUGGUGCAAACAGGAGUACGUUACAUAAAAUUAUUUACAUAAUUGUGAAAAAUCUGCACGUCUGCCAAGCAGACAACAAAAAACUGACAUUUUUAUGAGCCUAUGUGUUUAAUGAAAGAGGUUACCUUUAGGGUCUACUUUUACUUCAACAUUUGAUAAAGUGUUUAGAGCUGGUUGUUUGAAGCUUCAGCAUUUCUAUAGAUUUAGUUUAAUGGCUCCAAAAAUCCAAUGAAGGCAGUGAAAUUUGUAUAAUUUGACAAGAGCACCACCCUUUGGUCAGUUCAACACAUAGAAUGAACUUAAAUGGUAAGACAAGUAAUACAAUUUAAAGCAGAAAGUUUGAAUAAAAACACUUUCCUUAAAGACAAUUUAUUGCUGCUGACUAACAGAUUAGGUCAAAUGCAACAAAGAAACUGUUUAAGAACAAAAUGAAGCAUGGGUCAUUCUACUAUAAGACGUAAGGUAUAAUAAAAACCUGUCCAAGUUCA